UUGACGGGCCAUCAUGGAUGAUGAUGGGGAUGCUAUACCCUCCCCUCCCCCACCUGCUCCAGCCCCAACUCCAUCUUCCCCAGUAGAAACUCCACAGCCAGUUGAGAGAGCAGUUACUCCAGAACCUCCACGUGAGACAGAUGAGGGUCAAUCAAAGGUUGAGCAGCCAUCCAAAUUGAAGGAUGAGAGGCCAGAAGGCACAAAGACACCACCUGGUGGAAGUCAGGAAAGGAUGCAUGAAAAACUACCUGGAACAGAGGAUUUACUGGCAAAAAGUGAAGCAAGGAAGAAGCUGCCAGACAAAAAUCUUGAUUUUCAGGUGAGGGUUAGGAUUAUCGAGGGUCGUCAGCUUGCAGGAGCUAACAUCAGCCCUGUGGUCCGUGUGACAAUGGACAAUCAGUCACGGCAGACUAAAGUCAUCAAAUCAACCAACAAGCCAUUUUAUGAUGAGGUGUUUUUCUUCAAUUUCAAUGUUACACCACACAAACUGUUUGAUGCUCAAGCCCUGUUUGAGGUUUUUAAUUCCAAGAAAUUAAGAGCAAAUGCAAUGGUGGGGAGUUUUCAGUGUGAUGUUGGAUUCUUCUAUGAUGAACCUUCUCAUUCUGUACUAAGGAAGUGGAUACUUUUAUCUGACCCAGAGGAUAAAAUGGCAGGAGCAAAAGGCUACUUGAAAGUUACAGUUAUGGUUCUUGGACCUGGUGAUGAAGCCCCAGUAGUGACGAUAACUGAGGAUCAAGAUGACCUUGAUGAUAUUGAAGAUAACUUGAUCCAACCUCCAGGCAUGAUGCUUAGACCUGCAGUUUUCUCCUUGAGAGUGUAUAGAGCUGAGGAUAUUCCACAGAUGGACUCUGCUGUAUGUGAGACAAUUAAAAAAUCCUUUGUUGGUGGGGAGAUGAAAGAGUUGGUUGACCCUUACAUGAUGUUCUCAUUUGCUGGCAAAGAAGCAAGAACGGAUGUACACAAAAAUUGUGAUCACCCUGAAUUCAAACAAGAGCUACAUGUUCCAUUUCAGUUCCCUACAAUGGCAGAAAAAUUAAAGUUGCAGUUAUGGGACUGGGACAAAUUAAGUGGCGAUGACUGCAUUGGAACGUAUUACCUUCCCAUGUCUGAAAUAUCUGGACAAGGAGAGGAAGGUUACCUGCCAAGGUUUGGACCCUGCUUCAUAAACUUUUACGGCUCCACAAGAGAAUACUCAGAUCUUCCUGAUGAAUUUGAUGAUUUGAAUAUUGGCGUUGGUCAGGGUGUAGCAUACCGUGGCCGAGCUUUAGUUGAGCUGGAGACAAAGUUGGACACUCAACCUACCAAGAUGGUCGAAGAAGUACUAAAUGAUGACAUUAUACGAGUUCAGACUUAUCUACGUCGGCGUAAAUACAAGCUGUUUGCCUGCUUCCUGGAAGCCACACUGGUCGCUUGUACUGAUGGACCUGUUACUUUUGAAAUAAGCAUAGGUAACUAUGGAAACCAGCUGGACUUGUCAGUGCCGCCCUCGUCGUCUUCUACGUCACCAACAAACGCCAUAUUUGAUGGAAGCUACUAUUACUUCCUGCCAUGGAAUGAUAUUAAACCGUGUUGUAAUGUAGAUAGUCACUGGGAAGAUAUCGCCUUCAGACUGGAGCCACGAAAUAUUCUGACACGGAUAUGUGAACAACUUGAGUCAGACUUGGAAAAAGUUCAGCUGGCUGUUUCUGAGAAAGCAACUCUAACAACCGUUGCUGUUCUUACAAUUAAAAUGCUGGAUACAUUGAUAGAGAGCUGCAGAAAACCGCUUCCGCAGUUGGCAGCCAAAACACCCGGAAUCAACGAUCUUGAUCUGAAGAGAAGAGACACACGAGAAAGUGAAUUGAAAUGUAUCAUCGAAGAGGCCUCAAAACUUCGUACAAGUGCGACUGACGUAGAUGAAACGAUUGGAGUCGUGGAGGAUUUUUUAAAGAAGCUUCAUUUCCUUGCAGUAGAGCCGCAGAAUAGUAUGCCAGAUGUGGUGAUUUGGAUGAUGAGUGGAGAGAAGAGAAUAGCUUAUCAUCGUAUUCCUGCCUAUGAUCUUCUGUACUCAACACAUGCAGGGGCUCGUGGAAAAUACUGCGGAAAGACACUGGAUUUAUUUAUGCAGUACCCCGGAAAGAAACAGUUUAACCUAGAGGACUACCCAGAAGUUCCCGCUCAAGUCCGCGUCAUGCUGUGGCUUGGACUUGAGAAAGACCAAGAGGCCUGGACUAACCGCCAAGAGACUGAGGGCGACUUUUGCGUAUUCGCGGAAACGUACGAGAACCAAAUGAGUGUGCUUGGUAACUGGACUGCUAAAGGACUCCCACGGCCUGCCUGGUCAAAUGCUGGUGGAACGCUGAAGCUGUUAAAGGACUCGUUUAUUCCUCCUGAUGGCUGGAGUUUUGAUGGAAAGUGGUUUGUUAAUCCAGAGCUAAGCUUAGCGUAUGAAAAGGACUCAGGCUGUAAAAGUUUUAUGGAGGACGUGUUUGAGAACGAAGAACGUUUUCCUGGGGGACACUGGUCGCCAGCGUCAGUAAAUUGGACCGACAUUCACGAAAAUGCUGCCACUGCUAAGGACUCAAUAGUUGCCCCUGAAGGCUGGGAGUGGACUUCAGAAUGGAACGUGGACACCAACAGGGCGGUGGAUGAGGACGGCUGGGAGUACACUGUAGACAUAAGUAUAGGAAGUUAUGUGGCAGUGGAGAAAACGUAUCAUAUGUCGAGGAGAAGGAGAUGGGUUCGCAGCAGAAGCUUGGUGAAAUCUACCCACAAAGAGGAAAAGGGCCAGGAAAAGGUCGACACAGAGGGGUGGGAAUAUGCUGCAGUGUUUUCAUCAAAGUUUCACAGCAAAUGCCGCACUCGAGAUUUGGUUCGGCGUCGAAGAUGGCAUCGAAAAAUGGUUCAAACAGAUCCGACAGCGCCAGCUGUGUUUCAAAUUUCUGACGAGGGUAGAAAGGGAAUAAUGAUGGUGCCCCGGAUGUUCAUCACAUUUGAAAAACCUCACAAGUAUCAGCUGAGAGUGUACCUAUUUCAAGGGCGGGACCUCCUGCCUGCAGACCCUGAUGGACUGUCUGAUCCCUAUGUCCGCAUUUCUUUUGGUACUCAGAGUCAGGUAUCAGAGAUCAUUCACCGCACACUGUGCCCCACUUGGGACCAGACACUCAUCUUUGAAAAUGUCUACAUCUACGGCAGUCCUGAAAUCACUGAGGCAUCACCUCCACGUGUCGUCUUGGAACUCUUUGAUCAAGACCCUGUGGGUAGAGAUGAGUUUAUGGGUCGCUGUGUGGAGUCACCUGUUGUUAAAUUAAAUGGCCAGGCACCGCCAGCUCCAAGACUUCUUUGGGAACCAGUGAAAAAAGGCACGGAAGAUGGCGGGGAAAUUUUGGUUGCGUUCGAGCUUUUCCUGGACGAGGGAGCUGACUUACCUUACUUUCCACCCACCAAAGAACACAAACCGUCAUUGAAGAUGGUACCCAGUGGAAUCAGACCCGCGGUUCAGCGCACAGCUAUUGAGGUCUUAUGCUGGGGCGUUCGAAACAUGAAGAAGUUUCAACUGGCCAAUGUCUCCUCGCCAAGCAUCGAGUUCGAAUGCGGAGGUCACGUGAUUCAAUCGUCGACUAUUAAGAACACUCAGAAAAAUCCCAACUUUGAUGAGCCGCUGUUCUUUUUUGACACGUAUCUUCCUAAAGAGGAACUCUACACUCCACCCAUGAACAUCAAAGUGCGGGAUAACCGCUCAUUUGGCCGCCGACCCAUUGUCGGUGUUUACUGCAUCAAGUCACUGCAGCCUUACAGGUGCUUGCCUCUGGACGGCAAUGAUUUGGGUGAUGAUGAAGCCGAUGCAGCCAAAGAUGAAGAGUCUGGUUCUUUCUUACUUGACAUCUCUGAAGAGACGGACAAAACGGAAUUGGUUGAGGAGGACAUUGACUGGUGGUCGAAGUAUUACGCCUCACUGAGUGAUUAUGAUAAAUGUGGAGAUUACAUAGAGCGUGGCUACGACAAGAUAAUUGUGUAUGAGCAAGAGCUUGAAAAAGUGGACGUUUUUGAAAAGUUCCAAGACAUGGUUAAGACGUUUGAACUUCAUCGUGGAAAAGCCAAACCUGGAGAGGACGCCACUGUAGUUGGCGAAUUUAAGGGAGCAUUUCAUGUGUACCCGUUACCAGGCAACCCAAAUCUCCCGCUGCCGCCUCGUAUCCUGAGAAACUUGCCUCCCAGCGAACCGGUUGAGUGUCUGGUCAGAGUUUAUGUCAUAAAGGCUAUUGACCUUCAACCCAUGGAUCCUAAUGGCCUGGCUGAUCCGUAUCUAGUCGUAUCUCUCGGGAAAACUAAGAUCAAGGAUCAAGACAAGUAUAUUCCUAACACGCUGAACCCUGUCUUUGGAAAAGAUUGGAAUGACAAUAUCUCCUCACAUGGGUCCCCCUGAUCAACGCCUUGCCUUGCACUUGCUGAACGGUUUACCACUGGUGCCAGAGCACGUGGAAACGCGACCGCUGUACAACACCUUGCAGCCUGGUGUAGAACAGGGAAAACUUCAGAUGUGGGUGGACAUUUUCCCUAAAAAUUAUGGACCGCCAGGGUUACCGUUUAACAUCUCACCCCGAGAGCCUGGAGAGUACAUGUUACGUGUCAUCAUAUGGAACACGAGUGAUGUCAUUCUUGAGGAAGUGUCUGCUUUGGGUGAAGCGAUGAGCGACAUUUACGUGAAAGGAUGGAUAUCGGGGAUUGAUAAACAAGAAAAGACAGAUGUUCACUACAGGUCUCUAGACGGUACAGGCAACUUUAACUGGAGAUUUCUGUUCCCGUUCUUGUAUAUUCCGGCCGAAAAAGUCAUGGUUGUAAGAAAAAAGGCACACUUCUGGAGCCUUGAUAUAAGAGAGCAGAGGAUUCCCCCUAAACUGAUUCUUCAGAUCUGGGAUAACGACCUUUUCUCUCCGGACGAUUUCCUCGGUACGUUAGAAUUGAACUUAAACAAAAUGCCAAAACCUGCCAAAAAUGCCCGCAAGUGCAGCUUAGAUCAGCUUCCAGGAUUGAAAGACAAACCGCGACGAAACAUAGAGACAGUGUCACUGUUUGAUCUGAAGCGAACAAAUGGAUGGUGGCCUGCAGUGGGAACGGCGGAUGGAGAGCAAAUCUUGGCGGGUAAAAUAGAGAUGACUUUAGAACUGUUGACACAACAAGAAGCUGAGGAGAAGCCCGCUGGAACAGGACGAGAUGAGCCGAACCAAAACCCAACACUGGAUCCACCAAAUCGUCCUGCCACAUCCUUUGCCUGGUUCUCGUCUCCUUUCAAAAGCCUGCGUUACAUUUUGUGGCGCCGGUACAAAUGGAAGGUCAUAACAUUCUUGGUGAUCUGUCUCCUAUUAGCUAUGGUAGUCCUGUUUUUUUAUGCAAUGCCGGGUUAUACUAUGAAGAAGAUAAUCGGUGUUUGAAGACAACCAAUCUCAGCAUUUUACCACAGUAUUAUCAGUGGGGAGACCACAAUUAACAGGGGUAGUUGUACGUGAAAUCGACAUGAGGCUGGAGACUUUAAGGGAGCGUUUCUCUCCGAAUGUCAACAAUGACCCAAGAACGGUUUAGCAACCUAUCGCUACCAGACAGUUAGAAAGAAAAGACAGACUUUCCCUUCUUGACAUUGCCAACGAAUUUACUGACCGUAACUGCAGCAGAAAGUGAAAUUUUGGUAUCGUCAAAGAAUACAACAUACAGUAAAUACCUGCCACUACCACAUUACCCUUCGCUGUUUUAUAUUAAUUUAAUAUACCCGAAAAUAUCACUAAUUAAAAUUAGGUUUGUGUCAGUUGUACAUUGUAGAGGAUAUGUGAUAUGUCGAUGAAGCAAUAAUGAAUCUGAUAGAUAUCACAAGGGAUAUUUGGAAAUAAACUUUUUCUCCUAUUAAUAAA